AUGUCGACUUCAAACACAGACGAAGGGUAAGACAAAACUCUGAUGACUUAAGUAUGGACGUCGACGACUUGGGCGCUGAUAGGUUUUUCUUGGACGUUCCCGAAUCAUCCGUUGUACCAUCCAACCUUGAAAUAGACGGUGAUCUCGACUUGGAAGUUGAUAUAGGGAAUACUGCGACUGACUAUCUGUUUGCACAGGGUGACGACCCGUUUCUCCCUAGAUCAACUCCUGGAAAAGGGAAAGGGUUGACUGUCAUAAAGGACUUGGCUCCCCUAGGCUCGGCGCAGAUGAAUUCGAAUGUCAACUUAUCAUCUUCCCCCAAAAGUCAACAAUCAGUCGACGGCCCUAACUCUCUUGAAGUUGCUUCUAAGGCUUUGGGCGUUCGACCUUCUCCCGUGAAUGUCUCUAAUCAUGUAUCGAAGACUGUUCAUACCCAUGCCAUGUCUGUUAGUUCUUUUCGUCCGGGUCCAAAUUCUUCUACUAUCUUCAAUAAUGCAGUAAAACUGAUAGGUGCAGAAUAUUUACGCCUAUUGCAGAGCACACCCUUUCUCGAGGUUACCCAAAGAUAUGAAGAAGCUUCCAUGGUGUAUAAGGGAAUCCAACAACUUAGAGGUGAUCCAAGUUUGUUGAAACGCAAGGUAGACUCCUAUGUUUGGUCUGUCAAGUCUUAUCUUGCGUUGGAAGAGGCUGCAGCGAAGCGACAGAGAUCUGACCAGGUGGAGCGUGAGAUACACGCCCAAGCUGAGGUGAUUAGACAAGUCGAGUCUGACUUUGCCGAGGCACGGGAAAGGCAGAAACAGCUGGAGGAACAGGAUGUCGCGAUCACGAAGAAGAUAAACAGUCUUGAAGUUGAAUUGAAGGAAGCUCGUGAGAUCAAGAGUUACUUGGUAGGUGACUUGGCGACUAGUGGUACAUCUUUGGCAUCUCUUGAGGAUCAAGUAAAGGUUGCGAAGCAAAGUCUUGACGAAUUGGAAUCAACGCCUUUUGUGAGUGCUGAAGAGAUCUCUCAACUCGAAGAACAGAAGACGCACCUACAAGAGCUUCAAUCCAUGAUUAAGCCCUAUGAGUGGAUGGAGUGAAGGCGUAUCUUUUUUUUAUUUGCUUUCCUUUCUUUUUUGUCUGAUGUAUUGUCUAAAUACUUGUCAUUACUCAUACUUAUCACAUGAACAUAUUUUGUUUAUUAUUUUGCCGUUCACAGUUUUAGACUCUUGCGGGCCAGGAGUGUAGUAAUGAAUAAUUAUUUUGCCGUUCACAGUUUAGACUCUUGCGGGCCAGGAGUGUAGUAAUGU